CAAAGGUAUUGCUGAGUGAGAAAAAAUUGCCAGGAAUAACUAUGAAAUCGAAAGCGUUAACUCUAGUUAUUUUAAUAUAUUUUUUGAGCAAUUUCAAUACAUUUGGCAAUUUUAAUUAUACAGAUCAUAUAGAAGAUGUAGAUUCAGAUGAUACAGAAGAUAUUUCUCAUGAGACAGACGAUCCUCCAAAUAUUGAUCCGACAGAUUCUGAAGAAGUUGAACUUCCAGAAGUUGACUUUCCAGACAUAAAUCUUGAGCCUGUUGGUCGAUUGAAAUGUAUCGAUUGUGAUUCAAGAAUUGCUGGAAGUCGUUGUUUUCGUCUUGAUAAUGAUGAUAAAAUUGAGCAUUGUGCAAGCCAAUUUGGACUAUGCUACACAUCCAUUUUAAACGGUGAAGUUUUGAGAGGGUGUAUAGGAGAUACGGUAUUUAAAAACAUAACAGCGUACGAAUUUAUGAUAGAUUCAAUAAAAUUGUGCAACAACAAUCAUUUUUGCAAUCAAGAUAAGAUCGAAGAUACGUGUUUGGUGUGUGAUGGUUACAAGUGUAAGAUACCGAUGGAAUCGAAUUUACUUGACAUGCAACGAGCAUGUUCUUUCGGGAAAAAAUCAUCGGGUUGUUUUUUGAGUAAAUAUGAUGAUUAUCGGCGCGGAUGUUUGGUCAAUUUAGCUGAAGAAAAAAGAGCGAAAUGCCAAACAUCCAUAUCGAGUAAAUGUCAAAGUUGUUUCACACCAAAUUGUAAUAAAAAACAAGAUUUACAUCAACAAUGCUACUUUUGCAAUGGAACAACAGAUCCGAAUUGUCAUCUAAUAACAUCGAAACAUACGAAAAUCACAUGCGUUGGAUAUACAAGUCAGUGUUUGGUGGGCAUUGAUUCAAAUGGUUAUACGCAUCGUAAAUGUAGCACGAAUAAAAAGGAAGAUGACUUAUUAUUUCCCGCACCGAAUGGAUAUAAUAAAUGUUUUGGCGAUUUUUGUAAUAGGAAUGCUCAUCCGACCGAACGAAUAAAAUGUUUUAAAUGUCCAAUUGGACAUGCUUGUGAUCAAAUGAAUAGCGCAAAUUCCCAUGAGGGAAUAUACUCUUGUAGAUUUUAUCCAGAUGAAUGUUAUUCUUAUCGCCAUUCAGAACAUAAUAUAACACGAGGAUGCUUGCGCGAAGCUCAUCCUGAUAUUCAAACAAAGUGCUUGGAACAAAUGAGAAAUGAUCCAACAAGUAAAAAACUGUGCUACCUGUGCAACACCGAAUCAUGUAACCGCGAAAACAACACUAUGCAAGAGCUGAAUUCUGGGGAAAAACUGACAAAUUUUGACAAUCAACCGCGAAUCGGCAGUAUUUAUGAAAACACAGAUGAGGACAGUCGAAAGUGA